CUGCAGAAAAUAUGCUGUGUUGAAGCUAUAGGCACAAUCAGAUGUUACCAAUUCACCAAAAUACAGUAAAGUUAGCAAGUAAAUAGUGUGACAAGAGUAAUUUAGUACAAGUUAGCUAGUCAGCUAACGUCAAGUUAAGGUUAUCCAAAAACAAAUUUCCAUUGCCUCGUCGUACAUUUUGAAUUGUGGCAAAUAUAGACCAGUCCCAACCAAAACCGGAUGAAUUCCUACUAGUUAACGUUAGGUGCUUGGAUUGAAAGCCGACAGUAACGUCUACUUAAACAUUUAAACAACUUGCAAACUUAGCUCGCUUUGUUAACUAUUUGCGCCACAUUAAAGCAACCAUUGACAGAUAAUUACUAUUCAGACAGGCACUUACUAUGAUCUCCCGAACCCGGUCGUGGAAUAUCUGCUCUCGAACCGACACGUCGUCCGCUUCCAUCCUCCGCUAACCAUAUCGUGAGAUAUGCACCCGUUGCUACCUAGCUAAAGAUGAAAAACAAAUGGCUCAAGACCUAAUUUUCUCCAGAGACAUAAUGCUGCCACUCCUCCGUUUGGAUAGUCCCGGUAGACACUGCUAUUUUAAUCCAGUAACCAACCGUUAGAUGUUUCUGUGGUUGCAGCACAUUCGCGGGAUAGACUACCGGCAGCGUGCAAAACUUCACGCGGUUUGUACAGGACAAGGCUGGGGUGGAGCUUGCACAUUGUGGGUGUAGCUAAUCCUGACUGAUUGAUUACGGUACAGUAAACUAUCCGUGCCGAUGGCGAACAUAAAUAAAGAGGCACCGUCAAACGAGAAUGGGAGGUUUAUAACAUUAGGAACGCCCAGCAAUAAAUAAUACAAUUUAAAUACUCUGUUCUUGAAGCUGAUUGGUUGAUGAAGACAGACUCGUACGGGAGCCGCAGGGUUCAGAGCUCGCGCUUCCGUCCUGCGCAGAUUCUCAGUCAGUACAGCUCAGUUAGGCUAAGAAUGUAUUACAAUGUUCUAACUUACGAGUUGACCAUUUAAAGUUACUGUAAUGAUACGGUAAAACCUGUGAAUGGCUGCAAACUUGAAUGGCGGUAUGGGGCGACAUUGGCUCAGCAGGUGAGCGCUCUGCACAUUUCAUCAUUGUAUUCCAAAGUCCACGUGCCGCUGACACGGACAGAAACGACGUAAACGAGAAAGUUGUCGCUACAGCUGAGGAUAAAGGCGGAUCACAGGGUGGGAUGAGAGGUGUCCAGUGAAGCCACUGGCCCAGGCAUUCCUCCAUGGCUAAGGGAGUGGUGACUGCAUAUGCCCUUUGGGCGUUCGGGGGCCCGCUGGGCCUGCACCACCUGUACCUGGGGAGGGACAGCCACGCCCUGCUGUGGCUCCUCACCCUGGGGGGGUUUGGGGUGGGCUGGGCCCGGGAGCUCUUCCGCAUCCCGUCAUACGUUGGCGAGGCCAACCGGGAGGCGGCCAGACGGACUCCGCGGCACCCCCUGGCCAGGCCCCCGCCCAUCAGCGUGGCCCGCUUCGCCGGGCAGAUCUGCGUGGGACUGUACUUUGGCACGGUGGCGCUGAUCGGGCUGAACUCGCUCAGCUUCUUCUACCUGAUGGUGCUGCCGCUGUGCGUGGGCGCCGGGGUGCACCUGGUCAGCAUCGCAGGACACGAAACCUCCGACCUGCGGAAGACGCUGACCGCCUGCCUCAUCACCUCCCCCAUCUUCUACGGCAGCGCUCUGUCGCCCCUGCCCAUCAGCCUGGCGGCCAGCUUCACCGCCGCCCAGCACCGGCAGUUCAAACAACCCCGGCCCACCAAUGCCCUUCCCGAACCACUGGUUUCCCGUCUCUACCGCCUGGGCCUGGCCUGGCUGGCCUUCUCAGCCCCUCUGGGGUACUGCGUCUUCCACAACACCACCGCCACCCUGUACUACCUGUCAGACUGCGUGGUGGCUGUUCUGGAUGCGCUGUGGUUCUUCCCCUGGUUUGGAAGGGCUCUGGAGUACCUCCUCCUGCUGCCCUACAGGAUUCUGUGCACUGUCACCGGAGGAGGAGGAGGACUAGCAGAGGAGACCUGGAGAAAAGUGAUGGAGAUCCUGCUCCAGGAGUACAGUAAGAGAGAGAAAGAGGCGCUGAAGGUGCUUUUAGUCAGUGAGGAAGCCUCUCUGGAGGAAAUAACACAGAGCUACAGGGAGCUGGUGAAGGUGUGGCACCCGGACCGCAACCGCAACCGGGCCCAGGAGGCCCAGGAGAUGUUCAUUCAGAUCCAGGAGGCUUACGAGACGCUGCUGCGACACCACAAGGCCUUCCACCGGAAGUAGCCUGAUUUCCCCACAAACAGACCUGACUGGACUCUAAAUUGUAGCGCGUAUAUAGUGACUAUAAGCAUUGACAUGUUUUAGACUAUUUUUAAUGCCCAUUUUCCUUUAGUUCUCAAGGCUGCAAUAUACCCAUAUAUUAAGUUUGCAAUAUACCAAUAAACUAGAGUAUAACCUGCACUGUGUUAAGCCUGGACAUGAUCACCACUGAGGGCCAUUGACUGCUCUGCAAAUAUAACAAGAAAAUUGUAUGCAGCCAGCCUGCCAUUGCUUAUUUUAUUGUCUAAAUUGAGCUGAGCUACAUGUUCAAACAGGUGGACUGCACCAUUUAUGCAGCUGCCACAAGCAGGCAGCAGGCACCUGAUUGACUUGAUGUGUCGCUAUUGUGCAAUAUUGUGUAUUUUGCUUACAGUACUAUGAAAAAUGAUGUGCCCCCUUCCUAAUUUCCUCUGUUAUUGCAUACUUGUUGCAAUAAAUGGUUUCAGAUGAAAA